AUGCUGAAACAGAUAUUAUCGGACAUGUACAUCGAUCCUGACCUGCUGGCAGAACUCAGCGAGGAGCAGAAGCAGAUCCUCUUUUUCAAGAUGAGGCAGGAACAGAUAAGACGGUGGGAGGAAAGAGAAGCUGCCGAGGACAAGGCUACAGCAAAGAGGCCACUGUCGAGAAAAGCCAAUGGGAAGAUGGUGACAUGGAAGCUUGGUGCAGACAAUGAUGUCUGGGUCUGGGUGAUGGGCGAACAUCCUUCAGACAAAUCAUAUGAAGCCAUCUGUGAAGAGAUCCAGGCACAAAGGGCAAAGCAGUUAGUGAGAGAGCAAGGCACAGAGGACAGAGAGAAUGAUUCUUCCGUAACAUGGCCUCUGCAUCCACAACCAGAAGUCCUGAGUGAGAAGAAUCUUCAAAGAAAAAAAAAAAGCACUGUUGUGGAAAAGAAGGAAUAUGGGAGAAACACUGCUGCUGCUACAGGAGAGAAAAGCCAGGAACUCAAAAAGAGGGAAACCAGAGAUGUUCACCAGAUGCUGGCAGACUGCCACAUGAGGAAGCAUGGCUUCCAACAGAUGAAGGAAGCACAGAGGAGAAAUUCAGAAGAGGCCACAGCCACCCAGGAUGCAAUACCACAGAGCCAUCCCAGCUUGGAGAGCCAGAGGACCCUGCAGAAAACAGAUGAGAAUGAGCCUGAAUGGCAGGAAUCCUUGCGGAAAUCCAGGGCAGCAGAUGAGAAAAGACGCUCCCUUGCACAGCAAGCUAGGGACGACUACAGGAGGCUUUCACUGCAGGGCAUCCACAGAGGGAAGCAGGCGGAUAUUUCCAAGGGUGCCACAGCAAGAGAUCGGCGACCACUCCAAUACCCACCUCUUCCCCCCAAGCCUAAACUUCUGCCUCCUGCAGUGGCAAAUGGGAGAGUGAUUAGAAAAGAAGGGAUCCAGAGGACAAUCUCCAAUUCCACUGAAGAAAGCAUCAUCAAGUGGUUCAAGCAGGAGCAAUUCCCUCUCCGAGCUGGCUAUCAGAAAACCACAGACAGGAUAGCUCCUUGGUUCCAUGGUAUUCUGACCUCUAAGAAAGCAGAGGAGCUUCUGAAUAAAACAGUACCAGGGAGUUUUCUGGUCCGGGUCAGUGAGAAAAUCAAAGGCUAUGUGCUCUCCUAUCGAUCUGAAGAGAAGUGUAAACACUUCCUCAUUGAUGCCUCCAGUGAUUCUUACAGCUUCCUUGGAGUGGACCAGCUACAACAUGCAACGUUGGCUGACCUUGUAGACUACCAUAAGGAAGAACCCAUCACUUCCUUGGGGAAGGAGCUGUUGCUUUACCCGUGUGGCCAAGAAGACCAAGAACCAGAUUACAUCUGUCUCUUUGAGUGA